AUGAAACAAGAUCGAAUGAGGAUUUUGAAACAAAAGUGUUUCCAUAUUCCUCGUUUAUUGAAGGAGUUAACAUCUUCAUUCCUCUUUCCAAGCGAAAUCCUUGCAAUAUUUAAAAUAAAAUUUGGUGGCUAUGUUAAAAAAGUGCCGAAAAAUUCACUUAAUCAACUUGCACAUACACUUAACGAUCUAGAUUUUUGUUAUGCAACAUUAAAUAAAGUCAGUCGUUCGUUUGCACUUGUUAUUCAACAGCUUCCUCAACCAUUAAAAGAUUCAGUGUGUAUAUUUUAUCUUGUUCUUCGUGGUCUUGACAGUGUUGAAGAUGACAUGAUAUAUCCUCAAGAUAAAAAAAUUUUCUUAUUACGCAAUUUUUACAAUAAUUUGUUAAUUGAUAAUUGGUCUAUAACGGGCGUUGGUGAUACAGAAGACUAUCGGAUAUUAUUGGAGAAUUUUGGUAAAAUCAUUAACGUAUUUAAAUCACUGGAUACAAAAGAUCAGUCUAUUAUAUUGGAUAUCACACGUCAAAUGGGAAGUGGAAUGGCUGAAUACAUUGGUAAGACUGGCUCAAUUGAAACAGUAACCAGUUACAAUUUGUACUGUCAUUAUGUUGCUGGUCUUGUUGGUCACGGAUUAUCAGUUCUUUUUGCUCACAGUGGAUUAGAAGACACUGAUCUACAUGUUCAUGAGCAUCUCAGUAACAGUAUGGGGCUUUUUUUACAGAAAACAAAUAUUAUUCGCGAUUAUCUUGAAGAUCUUCAAGCUGGUAGAACUUGGUGGCCAAAAGAAAUCUGGCAAAAUUAUGCAACUGAUCUUGAUGAAUUUAUCAAAACUCCUAAUAGAGAACAAAGUCUUGAAUGUUUAAAUCAUAUGGUGAUGGAUUCAUUUAAUCAUGUACCUGAUGUGAUCAACUAUCUUGGUCGUCUUAAACAUCGUAAAAUAUUGGAAUUUUGUGCAAUUCCACAAGUGAUGGCAAUGGCUACUCUUGUUGAGUUAUAUAACAAUCCUUUAGUAUUUACAUCGGUUGUAAAAAUACGCAAAGGCCUCACUUGUAAAUUAAUGUUAAACUGUUCGACUUUGAAUGAAAUACAUGCUUGGUUUUAUUUCUUUACCACGAAUAUUGAACAUAAAAUACCCAAACACACUAAUGUCAACACUAAUCAUAUGCAUGAACUCGUUGAUCGAAUAAAAAAAUUGUGUAAUCUAAAUUUAAAAUCCUAG